UGGCCCUCACCGGAGUAGAGCUCUCAUCCCGUCCAUAAAACGGCCAGCACCGUGGCGUGAUGAUACGCAUCCGCUGCAAAAGUGCAGAGCCACCAGAGGAGAAAGCUUGGGUCACUCAGCUUUGCACUUGUGACUUGUUCAGCCAUGGAGUUCAAGCACCUUUGCCUGGUCAGGUUCAAGGAGGGCGUGGUGGUGGACGACAUCAUUCAGCAGCUCACCAAGCUCGCCGCUGAGCUCGACACCGUCAAAUUCUUUGGGUGGGGAAAGGACGUGCUGAACCAGGAGACGCUGACGCAGGGCUUCACCCACGUCUUCUCCAUGAGCUUCGCGAGCGCCGAGGACCUGGCGGCGUGCAUGGGCCACGAGAAGCACUCUGCCUUCGCCGCCACCUUCAUGGCCGUGCUCGACAAGGUCGUCGUCCUCGACUUCCCCUUCGUCGUUGCCAAGCCGGCGCCAUCCGCUUGAACCCAGUACCCCACCCUGGUAUCUGUCUGUUACCAAGCAAGUAAGCAUCUACGUACCAUCACCAACCACUGUCUGAAAGGUGCCUACCAUUUCAUGUAAUAGCCACCAUCCAUCUAUCUAUCUGAAGGCUGCAGCUGUGAAUGAUGUACCUAAGGCCUCCUAUUUUUUGCUUGCUUGUCCUGCUACUGCAGCGUUAACCGGCCGUCUAGCCUGUAAAGCCUCCCGUGUAACUCUAUUCCGUGCAUUCCGUUCAAAAGUUGCUUGGUUAUAUCAUCCUUGAAUAAACAUCGCUGGUUUUGCUUUUA